AUGUCAAUACUAAACACAUCACCAUAUUUUCCUACGAACGAAAACAAUGAAAAUAACAAUGAAGAAGCAGAAUUUGAGAAUGAAAAUGCCUCAAAAGUCACAAUUAUUGAUGGGAGCCGUACAAUGAUUUGUAUAAAAAACAACUUGGGAAUUUUACGAUUGAUGAACUUAAACACAAACAUUUUAAAAACCUUAUUAGAAUUUGGUGAUAGAAAUGGUAGUGUUUUUAUUUUAAUAUUUACAAGUAUUGAUAGAAAAUUAUCAGAACUUGAUGGUAAAAGUGGCAGUGAUUUUUAUUUUGAGAUUGUAUGCAUUGACGGAGAGUUGAUGAAUUUAACCAAGAUUUUACAUAUUGACAUUAAUAAUUAUUAG